GGCAUCGCCCAUAACAAGAAAUUAAUAUAAAAUGCCUUUUAUACUUAUUUGUGGGUAUCCGUCUUGUGGGAAGAGUAGACGAACUGAAGAAUUGAAGAAAUAUUUUGAAAACGAACAGAAAAAGACCGUAGUAGUAGUCAGCGAUCACAACACUGGUGUCGAUCGCAAUAAAGUAUAUGCUGACUCUAAAGAAGAGAAGAUUGUAAGAGGCAAUCUGAAGUCGUCAGUGCAAAGAAACCUGAGUAAAGAAACAAUUACCAUACUUGAUUCAUUGAAUUAUAUUAAAGGUUUCAGAUACGAGUUGUAUUGUGUAACAAAAGAGUGCCAAACAACACAGUGUGUGAUAUUCUGUGAUACCAGUAAAGAACUAGCAAGUGAAUGGAACAAUAGCCGAGCUGAGGAAGAGAAGUAUUUGCAACAAAUAUUCGAUGGCCUUGUGCAGAGGUUUGAGGAGCCAAGGUCCAAUAACCGCUGGGAUAGUCCACUGUUUGUAAUUCAGAAGGACGAUGUGUUGCCGUUGGAUGCAAUAUCAGACGCUUUGUUGAAGAAGAAGGCUCCAGCCCCCAAUGCCUCCACGGCACCACAACCCCUCUCAUCUACCAACUUCCUGUAUGAACUGGACAAGACGACCCAGGACGUUGUGGGGGUCAUCAUGGGGUCACAGAAAACAUGUGUCCCUGGGGAUACUAUAGGCAUACCCGGAGCUACAGAUCAGCUUCAGUACACGCGACCUUUGACCCUUGCCGAGCUUCAGAGGUUGCGACGUCAGUUCAUCACGUACAUGAAGAUGCACCCCGUGUCCAACAACGCCCAACUUACAAACAUGUUUAUACAGUACCUUAAUAAUACGCUCAAAUAAAAAUAUAUGUUUUUUUUAAUAUUAUAUUCACUAGUAAUCAAUUUUAAAGGGUCAACAUUUUCGUAUAGAUUUGGUGUCAGCCUUUUUUAUGCUCCCCCAAAAUUUAUUUUGGGGGGAGCAUAUCGUCGCCGCUUCGUCUGUCCGUCCGUCUGUGUGUCCGUCCGUGCACAAUUUUUGUCCGGGCUAUUUCUCAGCAACUAAUGAUCGGAAUUCAAUGAAACUUUAUGGGAAGCUUCACUACCAAGAGGAGAUGUGCAUAUUAUCAGCGGGUUCUGGUCGGAUGAUUUUUCACAGAGUUAUGGCCCUUUGAAAUUUUCCAUUAACUGUACAUAUAGUGCAAUUUUUGUCCGGGCUAUUUCUCAGCAACUAAUGACCGGAAUUCCAUGAAACUUUAUGGGAAGCUGCACUACUAAGAGGAGAUGAGCAUAUUAUCAGCGGGUUCUGGUCGGAUGAUUUUUCACAGAGUUAUGGCCCUUUGAAAUUUUUGAAAUUUUCCAUUAACUGUACAUAUAGUGCAAUUCUUGUCCGGGCUAUUUCUCAGCAACUAAUGACCGGAAUUCAAUGAAACUUUACUGGAAGCUUCACUGCCAAGAGGAGAUAUGCAUAUUAUCAGCGGGUUCUGGUCGGAAUAUUUUUCACAGAGUUAUGGCCCUUUGAAAAUUUCUAUAAAAAAUUAUUGUCCCCCCAACUACUGUGCCCUCAAGACGUUUCCUUUUAUCUGAAUAUAUAGUGCAAUAUUGUGACGAAAAAAAUCUUUGGGGAGCAUCACCCGUCUCCGACAGUUUCUUGUUUAUCAGGUCAUGGGUUCAAUCUUUUGAAUGUUCCCAAGACUUUUGAUCAGAGAGUCCAGGUUUCGAUCAUUGAUGGGACCCGCACAAGCAGUUUUCUCCCGCCCUGGCAAGACAGUGAACUGGCACCGGGCUCCCCAGUUUUAUUGAUUAGAGUCUAACCAAAACUUUUGUUCAAUGAUAUUUAUUUGUACGUAUGUGUAAUUCUGCCCGUUGACUCAUUUUUUUUUACUGAAUCUUUUACUGUGUGUGUUUUGGCUUCAACUCGUCUGUACUUGUGUUGCAAGCUAUGCAUCUUCUAUGAAAUAAAUUGUGUGUAACAGUGCUAUAAUCAAGAGUUUAACAGUGAUGCAUGAU